AUGCGUCUUCUGCAGGUAUCAGAUCUAAAACUGUUAGACUUUCUACCAGACAGUAUACCCCCUUAUGCCAUCCUCUCCCACACAUGGGGCAAAGAUGAAGUUCUCUUUGAAGAUAUUCUCCACCACACCGCCAUCAACAAAUCAUCCUAUGUCAAAGUGGAAGGGGCAGCAAAGCAAGCUUCUGCCAACAAUCUAGAGUAUGUGUGGAUUGAUAAUUGCUGCAUCGAUAAAAGCAGCAGCGCCGAGCUCUCCGAGGCCUUGAACUCCAUGUUUGCGUGGUAUGAAAAUGCCACCGUGUGCUACGCAUAUCUUUCGGAUGUCCCCACUAAUGUCAAUGUCAACGACCCCGGCUCUGAAUUCACGCGCAGUAGAUGGUUUACUCGAGGUUUCACUCUUCAAGAACUGCUAGCCCCAAAAGAAGUCAUUUUCUUUUCCUCCAACUGGGAAGUCAUAGGGAAGAAGACCGAGCUGUAUGAGAUAUUAUCCACAAUCACAGGUAUCGGGGUUCAGUACCUCCGUCACAAGGCGCCUUUGUCUUCUGCUUCAAUUGCCAAUCGAAUGUCUUGGGUGGCAAAUCGAGAGACAUCUAGGCCGGAAGAUAUCGCAUAUUGUCUCCUGGGGAUUUUCAACAUCAACAUGCCAUUAUUGUAUGGCGAACGCGACCGCGCGUUUAUCCGUCUACAGGAGGAGAUCAUGCGUCAAUCUGACGACCAGUCAAUCUUUGCCUGG